AUUUAAUCCUGAGCACGGGGAUUGGGGCGUUCUUAUCAGCGCGUCUAAAAGAGAUACGAAGUGUGAGGGUUUACCGGGACACGCGCGAUCUGCUUGGAUAACGCGGCUGCACGAGACACUCUACCGGUGAUCUGGAGAAAUCCACCCCCGCGCGGCUCCGUCCUCCGAUGGAGCGUUGGAAAGGCAGAGUGGCGCUCGUGACCGGUGCCUCGGUCGGGAUCGGAGCGGCGGUCGCGCGCGCUCUCGUCCAGCACGGCAUGAAGGUGGUCGGGUGCGCGCGCAGCGUCGAUAAAAUAGAGAAGCUGGCAGCUGAGUGUCAGAGUGCGGGUUACAGCGGUACUCUAAUCCCGUAUAAAUGUGACCUGUGCAAUGAGGAGGAGAUCCUCUCCAUGUUCUCUGCUAUUAAGACCCUGCUUCAGGGGGUGGACGUGUGUAUCAACAACGCCGGCCUGGCUCACAACGAACCUCUGCUUAGUGGCCGCACUGAGGGGUGGAAGAACAUGCUGGAUGUGAAUGUUCUCGCUCUGGCCAUCUGUACGCGCGAAGCCUACCAGUCCAUGAGGGAGAGAAACGUGGACGAUGGACACAUCAUCAACAUCAACAGUAUGGGAGGACACAAAAUGGUACCAAGCGCCGACGCGCAUUUCUACUGCGCCACCAAAUACGCUGUGACGGCGCUUACUGAGGGGCUCAGACAGGAACUGAGGGAAGCCAAGACACACAUCCGUGCCACGUGUAUAUCUCCUGGCAUAGUGGAGACUGAGUUUGCCUUCAGACACCACAACAGUGAUCCAGAGAAAGCUGCUUCUGUGUAUGAAAGUAUAAAGUGUUUGAAAGCAGAAGACAUAGCUAGCGCCAUCACCUACGUCCUCAGCGCACCUCCACAUGUCCAGAUCGGAGACGUGCAGCUGCGGCCAGUGGAGCAGGUGUCUUAGUGACCGUCCUGGAGACUCAUCAACGGAGAAAAGAGGGAAGACAGAACCAGCAGCGAAACGGUGUCUCUCUGGCAACACCUGCUGGACAAAGCAUACAAAUAGUUUAAAAACAUGGGGUUUCGAAAGGGAAUUGUGGUUUGUCUGUGUAGCAAGUCUGAAAAUCUGAAGCUGUGUGAGAGGGAACUCUUGACACAAACAGAGGGAGAGAAACUACAGAAAGAAAGAAAUACGUUUGGUACUGUUCCAAUUUACACAAACACUGCUGCCUCAACAUGAUGGGAAUUUUCUUUUUUAGUAGACGGAAAAUGGAAACAGGGACCAUAUAGGGCUGAAAAAUGGUCCCUGUUUAUGAUCUCAGACCAGAAUGUCAUCGGUUGCACAAUUUGUUUUAGGUCAUUUUUUCUUUUUUUUUUUUACAUAACUUUUGAAAUGAGACAAAAAACACUGUCAUUCAUUGUGCAGUGAAAUAGGUGUAGGAAACACUGUUGCAAUUAUAAUGUAUUAAAUUCAUCUCAUAUAAAGGCGUCUUAACCAUCAAUCUUGUGUUAGAAUAGCGUCUACCUCAAGUAACUCUAUUCUGAAAGUUGUUUCUAAUAUUAUUUUUGUCCCAAUUAAUGUUUUUUUUUCUAGUAGUUAUAACACAAUGACAUUAAAUAUGAUUACAAAUUUCACAAGCGGUUAUCAGGUUUGCCCUUACAAAUAAAAUCUAUUUGCGUUCCUCUCUGAAAUGCACCUCGCUUCUGCAUUUAUGUACAUGCCUUUCUAAUUAUUAAAUAUACAGACAAUUGUAUUGGACUGUUGGAGUCUUGGGAAGUUAGACACACACAAUUGUGUAGAGUGUCAUUGAUUGCGGUAGCAUAACAUUUUCCAGUCACUUGAAUUAGGAGACCCAAACCUGGUGUACAUGAUGUAAAUAGUUUGGAGUGGAUCUUGAGAAGUCUACCAUAGAACUCUAUUGAACACCAUUGGGAUGGAUUUAAAUGUUGACUGCACCUCAGACCUCCUCACGCUACAUCAGUUUAUCAAUUUAGUAACACCGGUGUGGCUGAAACAACACAAAUCUCCACAAGCACACUCCAAAAUCUAGUGCCCAAAAGAGUGUCGGUUAUUAUAAAAGUAAGUUGGGACUGAAUGUGGAAUAAGAUGAUCGAAAAGCUAAUAAGAUUCUUAAAAUCCACAAAACUUAUAUGGUGUAUCUUAUUUAUAACUACCGAUAAGCUGCUGUAGUUUUAGACAUUACCGACAUGUUAUAAGACUUUAUACGACUUGCCAUGAUGCAUUAUAAUUGCUCUAAGUGUCGGCACAUUGAUGAUUGUAUAUAUAUUUUCUUUUUUAUAAGUAUUCUAACUUUGAUUUGUUUGUAGAUGUGUUUCUCAUAACGUGUAACAUUCUGAAAUUCUUUGAUUUUACAACCAAUCAGGAGUCUAAAGUACCUCGGAAAGUGCAGAACCUGAGCUUAUAAACUGCAUAAGAACAAAUGCUUAAAUGCUCGUGCUUUUUUUUAAAAGCCUGCAUCCAGUGCAUGAUUGUUGUUGUUGUUUUUUUCCUGAGGAGGCAUUUAAAUUGACCUAAAUUGAAGUCAUGUAAAAUUGUUUUCUUGCACUUUGGACUUGCAUUUAAAAAAGCACUUACACCUUUCCAAGAGACAUGUGACUAACUUUUGUGUGCACAUUUUUAAAAAAGAUGCUCCACCUUUGCUCAUGUGUACAGAUGAGAUAUUCUUGUGAACAUAAAUCGAAAAGAUUAUUAGUGUUG